AUGUCUCUAUUAAAAACAACGACAAUCUCCAAUAACAAACUAUACGCAAUUUCUGUAAUCAUUUUAUCCGUUAUGACAUUUUGUGCAUUAUCUGCUUUUUGUUCAUGUGCCUUUGUAAUAAAAUUUUGCGUAUGGUUUUUAGUAAACGUAAUUGGUGGUAUCGCUUCCAAUUUAAAAUCAAAAUUUUUCAAUGUUAUCUCCAGAAAAAGAAAUGGGCUUAGAAAAGAUUGUAAAACCUCUUCUAAGAAUGGUUCCUCGGCGUUAAGUAGUGUUGACAAUGGUGGGAAUAAUAAUGAAGCUUUUAAUGCUUAUUUUUUUGAUAUUCCUCUUGAUUCUGACCUUUUUAUUCCUUCCGAAUUUUCAAUGGCAAGAUCUUUAUCUGAGAAACCUCAUGUGCUAGUGCGUUCUGAACUCACCUUAAAGAAACUUCAAAAGAAAAAUUCAUGUCAUAUUCCAGAUAUUCCUUCUCCUUUAGGUCCAAAUCGACAAAAAGAAUGGAUCAAAUCUAUAGAUUAUUUUCCUUCUGAACGUCAUUCUAAACAUAUUAAAUCAAAAAAAGCCAAACUUUCUAUGAGCGAUAAAAUGAUUGAAUCAACGGCUGCAUAUCGUGUAGGAAAAAAAUGUCGUGGUUGGCAAAAUGGCGAUGCUGAAGAAUAUGCAAUAAAAAGAUUACAGGGAAAAAAUACUGAACCUAUAGAGCUGGUUUCUUUUAGUGAAGAUAAAAUAGAUCAGGUUAAAGAUAUAAACGUCCGAUUAGACCAAGAACGUCCGAAUUUAAUUCGUAAAGAAAGAGGCUACUUUUGUAGUAAUCCAAACAAUUCUCCUGCUGCUGUUUUGAAAUGUGCUAGGCAAUAUCUGACUAUUCUCUUGACGAUUAAGAAAAGGAUGAAUCUAUAG